AUGGAAAGUUUAUUACUGAGCAUUCUUUCUAUCCUAGUGAUAGCAGAAUUUGUUUUAGGCAAUUUUGCCAAUAUCUUCAUAGCUCUGGUGAAUGUCAUUGACUGGGUCAAGGGACAAAAGGUCUCCUGUGCUGAUGGAAUUCUCACUGCCCUGGCGGUUUCCAGGAUUGGAUUGCUCUGGGUAAUAUUAUUAAAUUCAUAUGCAACUGUGUACAAUCCAGCUUUUUACACUUCAGAAGGAAGAACUCUUGUUUAUAUUGCCUGGGUAGUAAGCAACCAUUUUAGCCUUUGGUUUGCUGUUAGCCUCAGCAUAUUUUAUUUGCUCAAGAUAGCCAAUUUCUCCAGCCUUUUCUUUCUUCACCUAAAAUGGAAAGCUAGAAGAGUGGUUCUCAUGGUACUGGUGGGCUCUUUAGUCUUCUUGGUUUGUCAUCUUGCAGAGGUGAGCCUAAAGUUAAAAAUGGGGAAGAAUGAUAAUGAAGGAAACAUCACUUGGGUGAUCAAGUUGCAGCACAUUUUACGCCUCUCAGAUAUGACUGUAUUCACGAUUGUGUACAUAACACCCUUUACCAUGUCCCUGAUGACUUUACUGCUGUUACUCUUUUCUCUGUGGAAACAUCUCAAGAAGAUGCAGCUCAGUGUCAAAGGAUCCCAAGAUGCCAGCACCAAAGUCCACGUAAGAGCCAUGCAAACUGUCAUUUCCUUUCUCUUGCUCUUUUUCAUUUACUCCCUGGCUCGGAUCACCUCAAUGUGGAAUUCUAAUACUCUAGCGGACAAUUCAGUUGCCAUGUUUUCUCGGUUCUUCGGACUCCUGUAUUGCUCGUUCCACUCAUUUGUCCUGAUUUGGGGGAGUAAGAAGUUAAGACAGGCCAUUCUGUCAUUUCUGUCACAGCUGAAGUGCUGGCUGAAAAUGAACUGA